CUCAGGGAAAUGCACUGGCUGGGAGAUGCAGGGAGUCCCAGCAAGGAGCUGGGAUUUGUGGGGGAGGGAGGAUGGGAGCGGUGGCAGCUUUGCUAGGGCUCGGAUGUAGCAUCUUUUAUUAAGAAGAGACUGCAUGGCUCGUUGUGCUGAAGGAGGGCAGUGGCCUGUACGUUGGAGUGCAGAUGUCUGAGGCAGGCAAAAGAGCUGGUUUCCUUUCAGAGCUAGUUUGCACCUUUCCUAUCAACCCCCAGUCUUAAAACAAACAUCCCAAGAAGUCAGGAGAAAUGUCAGCCUCAAGCACUACCUAAUCAUUGGUUCCUGCCUAGGAGCGGCCAAUGCAGAGUCAGGAAAUUUGCGCCCCAUUGAGACUGUCUCUACUCAGGGAAAUCAUGUAGACAGAGAAGCAUAAAGCUACUUUUCAAGUCCCUAUCCUAUGAAUGAACUGUGGAGAGGGGUUCAGUCGCUUGAGCAGACAUUAGUAAUGCUUCCUCGUUCCUUUACGGGAAUUCUGCAUUUAAUUCAUGGUGUUUCUGGCAUACAGCUCAUGGAGCAAAGAUGCUACAGUGUGUAACACCUUACCGCUGGGGUACAGGAGGCAGAAAUUGCUGAAGAGUGAUUAUGACUGCUAUUGCUAAUAACCGUUUUCUAGCAACCACUGCUUGGUGAUUAAUUUUAUCAGAGACAGAAGGGAUCCAACAGUAGGAUCAAGACAAUAGAAAACUCCAUUUGGCUUACUGGGAUUAAUACCACUUUUAUUAGAACAAAGAGAGGUCAUUGGUUUUUCGGCAGGAGGGGAUUAUCUCACUGCUUAAAGUUAGUGUUUAAGUCAAAAAAUACAUUUGCAAAAGGACAGAAAUUUGUAGUACGUAAUUCAUAACAAAGGCCUUUAGUAAACUGUUGUGAAUUGUUUCAUACAGAUGGAAAUUCUAGUUUAAGAGAACAGCAAAUCCAUGUGAUUUGCAGCCUUUUUAAUGGAAUGAUUACAUAACGUCUAUAAAAUGAAUAAUUUUUCUUCUAGGACUUUAUGGAGAUUUGGAUACUCUGCCAGACUACUGAAAACUAAUCAUUUUAGGACAGCUGCAUUAAAUACAUCAUUUCCAGCAGUUUGGAUUCUAUCAGCACAAUAUUCUGGCAGAAUACCUGGUCUCUUUUUAGUAGUUAAAAAAAAUAGGUUUUUUACAAUGCCUGAAACCGUGGAGGAUAAAGCUAAUCUAGAACUGUAUUCACCACAUCCUGAAGUGCGUGGGAUGACACUACUCGACAGAGAAGCUUUUAAAAGGACAGUCGUUGUUCCAGUUCUUAAAGUCAAGAAAGAAAUUGUAAAUACUGUGCUGAAGUCUUUAAAACAUACGGUACUACAGCGUCCUGGUCUAAAGCGAGUGGCUGAGGAUCCAGAAGAUGGGGACAGUAGACUUGUUAUUCUGGAUCCUCAUAAAAUACCAGGAUUCUCGUUGGGAGAAUCGGAGCAAGAGAUAUUAAAAGAGCUUAAUGUUUGUCCUGAGGUGUCCAAGUAUAACUUGGAGCUGACUUACGAGAAUUUCAAGUCGGAAGAGAUCCUACGAGCAGUCCUUCCUGAAGGUCAAGAAGUCACCUCUGGAUUUAGCCGUGUUGGUCACAUAGCUCAUUUGAAUCUUAGAGAUCAUCAGCUACCGUACAGACAUUUGAUUGGCCAGGUUAUAAUUGACAAGAAUCCAGGAAUCACCUGUGUAGUGAAUAAAACCAAUAUUAUUGACAGCACAUACAGAAAUUUUCAAAUGGAAGUGCUCGCUGGAGAGGGCAACCUGAUAACCAAGGUCAAAGAAAAUAAUAUUGCAUAUGAAUUGGACUUUUCUAAAGUCUACUGGAACCCACGUCUUUCCACAGAACACAGCCGCAUUGUUGAGCUUUUAAAGCCCAGUGAUGUCCUUUUCGAUGUCUUUGCUGGGAUCGGACCUUUUGCUAUUCCAGCAGCAAAGAAAAAAUGCCACGUAUUUGCAAAUGAUCUCAAUCCUGAAUCCUACAACUGGCUCCUGCACAACUGCAAACUAAACAAAGUAGACAACAAAAUAAAAGCGUUCAAUAUGGAUGGCAGGGACUUCCUCCUGGGGCCAGUAAGAGAAGAACUAAGUAAAGAGCUCCCACUUCUGAAAGAAGAACCGAAAACCUCUUUUCAUAUAGUCAUGAAUUUGCCAGCUUUGGCUAUUGAAUUUCUAGAUGUUUUCAGGCAUCUCUUAGUUGGAGAGCCGUGCAGCACUGCUGGCCUUCCCAUGGUGCACUGCUACGGUUUCUCCAAACAUGGUGACCCAGCCAAAGAUAUUCAAGAACGAGCUGAAGCUUCGCUGGGAACCUCCCUGGAUGGACGCUGUUCUACUCACCUAGUUAGAAAUGUUGCACCGAACAAGGAGAUGCUGUGCAUUAGUUUCCAGAUUCCAGCAGAUGUGCUGUACAAGAGGCCCUGCCCUGAUGAAGGAAGACCAGCCUCUAAACGCCUGCGUGCCAGCAAAGAUUCUUCUGAAGAAAAGUUGCUGAGCUGAAGACUUCAAGAGUUAUGGCAACUACCUUAGUAGUUUGCGUAAGGUAUACUUAGGUUACCUCUGGUUUACCCCAUGAAUUAUUUGAAGCAUACCUGUGUUGCCCAUCUCAGGUGCCAAGAUGUGAUGUGUGUUGCAGCUUUCCUUUGUCAGCCUUGAUUCCUGCAUUUACCUUUUUUUAACUGUGAGAUCGAUAGGCAGAUUAAAAUUGUUGUUACUAAAAAGAAUUAAACUUUGCUUUUUUGUAACAAAUGUGUUUUGGUACUUUUUUGCUCUCUAUUUUUUCAAACUCCAUGAUAACUCGGUGACACAGAUUAGGAUAGAUUUUGCCAUGUCAUUUUGAUACUGGGCGGUUUGUGGUGAGAUAGAUUUUUGUAUUUUGUCAAUUCUAGCAAGAUGACUUCGUAAUAACUUGUGCAUUGGAUUCUCCCUAACAAAUGAUUUUGGUGUUUAAGACUAUUGGAUUACUGUUAGCAGAUGCACAAACAGCUCUCGUGUAAGCAAGGUAACCUUUCAAAAACUUCACCCAAGAUACAAAAAGGCCCAAAUAGCCAUAUAUACUUGUUCCUAGGCUUUUGAGUAAUAAAUGCUUUUUAACACUGAGAUUUAGUUGGGGAUUAGUUGACUUCUAACUUAAGUGUUUGCCCACCAUUAAAGCAGGAAGUACUGAAGGCCAUUUGCACAUUUGCAGAUGAAGUACAUGCUUGCAUUGAAGCGCUAGACUGAAAACCAGUACCCGGCUGAACAGUCCUGUCUUGAGACUGCGUCCCCCUGUGGCUUUUGUGCCUCUGCUGCCUCGCAGCUUUCCCCCUACCUCUCUGACUGCUCCUCUGCUGCAGUCCCUGGAUGAUCCCU